CGUUUGGUGCACGUAGCUACAUGUUUGACUGUUUGACUGUUGUAGUGUGUGACAGCAGCAGUCAGUCCUCAGAGCCACCGCGUGUCCUUUGACCUCUGUCGCUUCUAAAAUAGAGACAGAGGACCUUGUGGAGACUCAUAAUAGAGUCAGAGAGUUGCAGUUGUUGAGUGCGCACUUUAGUCAGUCAAGCAGUGUGACACGUUGGAGCGUCUGAGGUGGAACAAGUUGGAGACCGACUCAACUCCAGAGAGAGAGAGAGAGAGUUCCUGCAGGAGUUUGUCUCACCGCGGAAUAAAAGUUUACAUCACUUUUUAAGUUUCUGGACACGACGAGCUUUAAACCGAAGAGGAACACCUUGCUGUCAUCCCUCCAGGUGCUCGACUUUAUGGGUCCUCUGUGCCUUACGAAUCCCAAGUGAAGCAGGUCGAUCUGCAUCAACACGUUCUCCUGGUCUCUGCUGUCUCCAUUAACCAGUGGAGGGAGAUGAGGUCGGUAGGGAGCCUGCAGCUUGUUCUGCUUUUGGCCUUGACCUCCACAGCCACAGGCCUCAACAUCCCUCUGGAAGUGGAGCAGCCUCCAACCAUAAUAAAUCACACAUCUGGUCCCAUUAUCGCCCUUCCUUUUGACAACGACAUCACUAUCAGGUGUGAAGCCAGGGGCAACCCACCACCAGAAUACAGAUUGACAAAAGAUGGCAUAGACUUCCCUGUCCAUCCCUCUGUCACGACAGACCACUCGGGCACUUUUGUGCUUCCCAAGCUUCAGGGUAAAUACCGAUGCUACGCUUCAAACAGGCUGGGGACUGCCAUGACGGAGGAGAUUGAACUGAGAGUUCCCAGUGUCCCCAAGUUUCCAAAGGAAUACAAUUCCCCCAUUGUUGUUACGGAGGGCGAUCCGAUCAUCCUGGAGUGUAACCCUCCAGAGGGCGUGGCCCCACGUAAGAUCUACUGGAUGUCUAUUGGUCUCGAGCACAUUGAGCAGGAUGAGAGGGUUACCCUGGGCAUUGAUGGCAACCUGUACUUCUCUAAUGCCUUACAGAAAGACAGUCGUUCGGACUACUGUUGCUUUGCUUCCUUCACCACGAUACGCACCAUCGUCCAGAAAACCGCCAUGGCUGUCGAGGUCAAGAGCUUGAAAGCUGGCAAUGAAUCUGCUGACAACGGCGACGCCACUGAAGCCCCCGCAGUGAGGAUAGCUGGCCUGCUGCUGCCCUCUGGUGUUCAGACAUUGAAGGUGCUGCUGAAGGGAGAGAAGCUGCAGCUGGAGUGUAUACCACACGGAUAUCCCACUCCGAAGAUAACAUGGAUAAAAAUGGGAGACAAGAUGCCUCCACGGGCAAAACGGCACCAUUUUGGGAAGCUGUUGUCCAUAUCUGAUGUAGAUGAGACGGACAGCGGGAAAUACAUGUGUAAAGCCCAUAACUCUGCUGGAGAGGCGGCCCACUACUUUGAUGUAAUAGUGGAAGAGCCGCCCAAGUGGGACACGGAGCCUCCUCAGAGCCAGCUGACCGUGAUCGGGACCGAUGUUCACAUCAAGUGCUCGGUCAGCGGGAAACCAUCGCCGGAUAUAACGUGGAGGAGGAAUGGAGAACUUUUCACAGAUGACCCAGCGAGCAACAAGCGAGUGCUUGAUGACACGGUGGUGCUCCGUAACGCCGGACCGGAGGACAGCGCCGUCUACCAGUGUGAAGCCGCCAACAGUCACAACAGCAUUCUGGCCAACAUCAACAUCAUGGUCAUGAAUAUGGCUCCUCGGAUACUAACCAGGGACAACCAAGAGUACGCUGUAGUACUCGGAGGGGACGUCACCAUGAACUGCAGUGUUUUCAGCUCUCCACCACCCACCAUCUCCUGGGCCAGAGAUGAGACUCCAGAGACCAUCGAGGGAAACCGAUUUUAUGCUCCGGACGGAUCUUUGCAAAUCAUCAGUGCAGAAAAAAACGACAGUGGGAGAUAUGUGUGUGACGCCUCGAACAGGCAGGGCAGGUCAGCCGUCACUGCUGUGCUGGAUGUGAAAGAUCCUACAAAAAUAGUAUCUCCACCUCAGGAUGUGCAGAUCGUCAGCGGGACCACGGCCCAGCUGACGUGCCAGGCAGAGUACGAUAAAAGCCUGCGGGAUACCUUUGAGGUGGUGUGGAGGAAGGAUGGGGAGGAGAUCCCACUUUCCUUUGAGGAAAAUUCCAGAUACUUUGUGGACGACAGCCUGCUGCAGAUCAUGAGCGUGAACCUGAGCGAUCAGGGUAUAUACACAUGCAUCGCUAGAACCGGCCUAGACGAGGACAACGCCACCGCGCUGCUCACUGUGCUGGACGUUCCCGACGCUCCAAAAUAUGUAGAGAUAACCGAACUGAAGAGUCCGAGGAAUGUUCGCCUGUCUUGGAUACCCGGGAGUGAUCACAACAGCUCUGUAACAGAAUUUAUAGUGGAGUACGAGGAGAGCCAAUGGGAGCCUGGCAGGUGGAAGGAGCUACAGAAAGUCCCCGGUAACCAGGCAACAGCCGAGCUGGCGCUACACGGACACCUUGACUACCAGUUCAGAGUGUACGCUGUUAAUGCUGUUGGACCUGGACCCCCCAGUGAGCCCACUGAGAGAUACAAAACACCCCCUGCUGCUCCUGGUAGAAACCCAGAAAACAUCAAAAUUCAAGGCCAUCUUCCUCAUCAAAUGGACAUUAGCUGGGAGCCGCUGUUGCCCAUUGAACACAAUGGCCCGGGCCUUGAGUACAAGGUGAGCUACAGGAGGCUGGGCGUGGAAGAUGUCUGGAGGGAGCACCUGGUCAAAAGACACUCCUUUGCCGUGAGGAACACGUCCACUUUUGUCCCCUACGAGAUCAAAGUUCAGAGCAGGAACAGCCACGGCUGGGGACCAGAUCCUAAAGUCGUUACUGGUUACUCUGGAGAAGAUGUCCCGACUGCAGCACCACGGGACAUAGCGGUGGAGGUGAUCAACACCACUGUUCUGAGAGUUAGCUGGACCCCGGCUCCACCUGCCACAGUGAGAGGUCAUCUAGGGGGCUACGACGUUCACUGGUUGAGGAAACGAAGUUGGCUGAAUCCCAACAAGGUUUUAGAUGAGCGCCGGUCGCUGUCUUUCCCCGGGAUGAGGACUCACGCCAUCGUGCCGAGCCUCGAGCCGUUCUCCGAGUACAGACUCACCGUCAAUGUUUUUAACAAGAAGGGCAACGGGCCCAACAGCGACCCGGUCACCUUCAGCACUCCGGAGGGAGUUCCUGUGCAAGUGCCCAUCCUGACCGCCUCCAACGCUCAGAAAGACUCCAUUUUGCUGGUGUGGGGCCCGCCGCUGGAAGCAAACGGCGUCCUCACCGGUUAUCUCCUGCAGUACCACCUCGUUAAUGAGACCACACUGGAGGUGGGUGAAUCCCAGGAGAAGAACAUCACUGGGGCCGACACCACCCAGUGGCAGAUUCAGGGCUUGGAGGAGGGCAGCCUCUACCGCUUCCACCUCAGCGCCUGCACUCGAGCAGGUUGUGGACCCCCGCUGGCACAGGAGAGCAUCACUGCUCUCGCUGAAGCACUUCCAGCCCUGUUGAACAUAAGCUCUUAUGUGAGUGACACCUUUGCCAAAAUCAGCUGGACUGCCGGAGAAGAGCAGCAGGACUCGGAGCUUUAUGUGGCUUAUAUGAAUAACCGUGAUGGUAACUGGCGGAUUUCAGAGGCUAUAAACGCUUCUCGAAGUUUCCACGUAAUUGACGGUCUCAAACCUGGGACGGUGUACACCGUGCGCCUCAUGGCCAAGAGGCUGCUCGAUAGCGCUAGCAUUUUUGAAGACGUUUUCCAGACUCGAGUCAAAGAUGCUUUAGGUCACGGGAGCAACUCUUCGACCCAGGGCUGGGUCAUCGGGACCAUGUGUGCCGUGGCGCUCCUCACCCUUAUCGCACUCAUGGCCUGCUACGUGCGGAAAAACAAAGGCGGCAAGUAUGCAGGUACGCCGCCGCCGACCCAGCGACACGUCACGUUCUCCAUGGAUAAAGUGAAAGAGAAGGAGGACCUCCACCCUGACGUGGAGUCACAAGGAAUGAAUGAUGACACCUUCUGUGAAUACAGUGACAGCGAGGAGAAGCCACUAAAGGGCAGCGGCUCCCUGAAUGGCGAUGAGGCGUUGGGGGACAGCGUCAGCAGAGACAGCCUGGGCGACUACGCCGACGGCGAAGGGGAAUUCAGCGAGGACGGCUCAUUUAUCGGAGAAUAUUCGGGACCCAAGCACAGAGGCUCGUUUAGCGAGCCCAGUGGACCCAGACCAGUCACUGCAUAAAGCCAGGCUCCGGUUGAGACGCUCUACUUCAAAUCCUUUCAAGAUACUUUUUAAAUUCAGCUUCCCUGGCAUUAAAUAUAGCUUCAAUAGCCAAAUAUGGAGGGGGGGAGAGA